GCAGGAUAGUGCUGAGGCAUCACUGGACAGCAUUAAAACAACCAUCUGUCCAGGGCUGCGUUACAGCCACCCACCGCAGCCCACCUCUCUGCCACUGCAGUCUCACGUUCUGUACCACUACUGCCCUGUUGGCCGGAUUAACUCAUAGAACGGUGAAAAGACCAAACAGACAUCAUGUCUGAGAAAAAGAUGUCAUCGAGCCGCAAGCAUCAUCUGAAGAGCCUGAUGCUCCAGAUCGCCCAGGAACUGAUAGCGGAAGAGGAAGCCCAGUCUUUAGAGGACAGGAAGCAGUACAUGAGCGAAAAUAUCACUCCUCUGCAGCUCACAGGAUCCAUUGCAGAACUCCAGGACCUGUGUAAGAAGAUGCACCAGAAGAUUGAUGUGAUAGAUGAGGAGAGAUACGACCUGGGCAGCAAAGUUGGCAAAAGUGACAAAGAGAUUGAGGAUCUGCAGAUUAAAGUACAGGACCUGAAGGGCAAGUUCAAGAAGCCCGUCCUGAAGAAAGUCCGCAUGUCUGCUGAUGCUAUGCUCCAGGCUCUGCUGGGCUCCAAACACAAGGUGUCCAUGGACCUGAGGGCCAACCUGAAGCAAGUCAAGAAGGAGGUCAAGGAAGAGGACAAAGAAUCUGUGGGUGACUGGCGUAAGAACAUCGAAGACAAAUCAGACAGGAAGAAGAUGUUUGAGACUACUAAGGAGUAGAUGUUACUGGAGAUCCAGACAGGAAGUAGUUUGAGACUCAUAAGGAGUAGAUGUUACUGGAGUUCCAGACAGGGAGAUGUUAGAGACUCAUAAGGAGUAGAUGUUACUGGAGAUCCAGACAGGAAGUAGUUUGAGACUCAUAAGGAGUAGAUGUUACUGGAGUUCCAGACAGGGAGAUGUUAGAGACUCAUAAGGAGUAGAUGUUACUGGAGUUCCAGACAGGGAGAUGUUAGAGACAGCUUGAACAACCUUCUGCCUUUGGUUACGAAGUUAUCCAGUUUUGACUCGUUUGCGUGUUUGUUUGUUUUUCGUCUCUGGCUAAAUUCAUCUAAGAGGUAGUUCCAUCUCACUAGGACUGUUGUAAACAGGUGUUAAUGAAUUGUAAUGAUAUCUAAGAGGUAGUUCCAUCUCUCUAGGACUGUUGUGGCAGGUGUUAAUGAAUUGUAAUGAUAUCUAAGAGGUAGUUCCAUCUCUCUAGGACUGUUGUAAACAGGUGUUAAUGAAUUGUAAUGCUAUCUAAGAGGUAGUUCCAUCUCUAUAGGACUGUUGUAAACAGGUGUUAAUGAAUUGUAAUGAUAUCUAAGAGGUAGUUCCAUCUCUCUAGGACUGUUGUAAACAGGUGUUAAUGAAUUGUAAUGAUAUCUAAGAGGUAGUUCCAUCUCUCUAGGACUGUUGUAAACAGGUGUUAAUGAAUUGUAAUGCUAUCUAAGAGGUAGUUCCAUCUCUCUAGGACUGUUGUGGCAGGUGUUAAUGAAUUGUAAUGAUAUCUAAGAGGUAGUUCCAUCUCUCUAGGACUGUUGUAAACAGGUGUUAAUGAAUUGUAAUGAUAUCUAAGAGGUAGUUCCAUCUCUCUAGGACUGUUGUAAACAGGUGUUAAUGAAUUGUAAUGAUAUCUAAGAGGUAGUUCCAUCUCUCUCGGGCUGUUGUAAACAGGUGUUAAUGUGUGUAAUCAAAACAAUCUAUAAUUUUGUUCCAAUUCAAUUUCUGAAAAUAAAUGAUUUGCUGAAAAAAAA